AAAGGUCCUCUAGUGAGCCCCGACAACAAAACAGCACCUUCCCCUCACACUGCUCACACUGCUCAUAUCUUUAUAGGAGGAGAAAAGCCUAUUUCAAUGAUGUCAACAGAAUGUGUUCAGCCGCUUGAUAUCCCAGCUGACAGACUGGACAAGCAAGAUUCACAGCGUGACCAUUUAGAAGAUCUUUCAGAGCAGCUGAUAAAGAGCUGUGACCUCAAAAAUAAACCAAGAAAAGGUAAAACUCUCACAGCCUCCCAGAAGACUGAACAGGAGCAAAAGAAGCCAAAGAGAAAAGAUACACCGGCUUUGCACACUCCACCUCUUCUAACAGGCAUAGUUUCAGACUCGUCUGAAAAUCUGCUGAAAAGGUAUGAUAUCACAGAGAAGUCACAGAGAGAGAGAGUGACUCCAGUCUCUCAAAUUACUGAACUGGAGCAGAAAAAGCCCAGAAGAAAAGAUACGCCUGCAAUACACAUCCCACCUUUGAUAAUUGGCACUAAGCUGUUUACAGAAGAACAAACAGUGAUUAUAGAAGAUGAAGAAAAGGAUGGAGACAUAAUCCGCAGUUAGAUUACAGUGAUAUUUCAAUAAUACAGUGUAAAUAAUCAUGGGUCAUUCAAAGUGGCAGCACAUUAAAAAAGAUCUUUCACCUUUAUAAAUAAUUUUCUCAGUUGUACACUCAAAUUUAAACUACCAUCAAGUGCUUAUCUGCUUAUUUGCAUCUCAUAAUUCCCAGCAAGAAUCAUUGGACAUGAAUGGCAGAAACUUCAGUUACACAGGGUUUGAAAGAUUCUGUCAGUUUACUACAAAUGGCUUCCUAGCAUUUUUGUUAAUGAGGAAUCCACCUCACAUCAGAUCUAGUUUUGUGCAGUGUAGUACUCAUACAGUACCUGGCACUAGAAGUGGUAAUGCAGAGUAGUAAAACAUCAGCUAGUGAUGCAAAAUACAUUUUUUGCCUGACACUUGACUUCAUUUGUCCAGCUUUCCUUUCCUGGAAUAGCACUGACCACAGUGAAAAUUCCCAUGUGCAGACCCGAUGGGGUUGAUGGAGAAGGUGAAAGGGCCAGGAUUCAAUUCCAGAGUCCCUGAAAUGCAUGGUAAAAAUUUCCUUUGCCUGUAUCUGCUCAUGAUUUUUGUCUGUAAGGAGGAAAAUACAAACUUCCUGUAGAAUUAAAAUUACACCUAAGGGCUCUCAGUGUUGGCAGACACGUCAAAUAGGAUGGAGGGCAGAGAUGUCAGAGAAGUGCAAUGCCUGCCUGUUACACCAGUGUAAGCAAUUGUCUCCACCAGCUUGGUGAAAGAUAAAAUUGUUGGAUAGUUG